AUGUCGGGAACGUUGUACGAUAUCCUAGGAGUUUCCACCAAUGCGACGCAGGAAGAAGGUAUACCGAUAUCGUUCUCGACUACUCGUGUACUGGUACAGAAAUUUAACGAAUGUUUCAUGUGGACAACCUUGGCUCCUCUGAAGGAGGAAAAGCAGGCAGCUAAGGCCCGAUUCUACAAGGUCCAGGAAGCUCUAGAGGUCCUGAGUGAUCCGGUUAAACGAACGCACUAUAAUCUCCGUACGAGAAUCAUUUCUCGCGGGUUUAAGCCAGUUCUAUCGGAAGAACAUGCCCGCCGGUUGCGAGAGCGUGAUGCAUGGGUCAAGCAGCAGAAAGAGGUCCAUGAAAUGCGACUGAAGGAAAUUAGAGAACGGAAUCAACAGCUCAAGGAACAGGCGGAGGCACGUCUGCGGGAGGCAGAGGAGAGAGGUGCACUGGUGCAGAAGAUGCUGGAAGAGAUGGACAAUAUUCACCCUGAAUGGCGUAUAAGGAAACAGAAUGUUCUCAUGCGACGAGCAGCACGUCUGAGCUCUGCGUCUGCAGCUAAACGCGCAACUUGA